UGGAUUGCAUUUGGCCGUAUCCGACCACUUGCUCCUAGAAGCGACUUGGUGUUUUAUUUGCGUUUCAAGAUCGGCUCUGAAGUUGACGUCCAGAGAGUGUGUGGCUGGAUCGACGGCUGCGCGACGGCCUGUGAAAUGGAAAGUGCCGACACCACUGGAUCUUGCCGUCGUCCAGCGAAACAUGGUAGAUUUGUGGCUCCCCGGCCUGGCAGCGGCUCGUUCUCGGAUACCUUUCCCGGCAUUCGAGUUCUUCGACUCAUCGAUAUCAAUAAAAGCUCGCUGGUGCAAGUCGACCAGGUUCCUCGACAUGCGGCUCCCAGUUAUAUUUGGGGAGCAAUCCAAGACGACCAGGACGAUGUUGAGGUAGGAAUAAACGUCAUGGGUAGGAUAUAUGAGUUCGCGUGGUUCACCAUCGUUGCCGCGUGCGGCCGCGAUGCGAAUUCUGGGCUGCCGGGAGUCAGAUCCAGCACUCAAGACGAGAAAUCCAUAUUAAAAGAGGUAAAGCCAGGCAUACAGCUUGGGAUAUACACUGGAUCUGCAUCACCCAUCAAGAACUCCGUGCACGAGACACGAGCCUGGACGUACGGUAACAACGUAUACCCCUGGCUCAAUAUUUAACUCCAGCUGACUGUAAACAUGAUUAGAAAUCAAGAGCAUUACUUUUCCAGAAGAAUUAUGUACUCUGUUGCCAACAAUGUCUUCUUCAGAUGCAAGGGAACGAAAUGCAUGGACCAUUGUCUUAAUGACCAGCAGGCGGCUAAUAUCUUGCUAUUUUUGAAAUACAUAGACGAAUUCGAUGAUAAAUGCUAUUCUUUAUCACACUAUACAUCGAUACUGGAGACCUACACCCCGCGAGACUUGACAUAGCAAAGGGAUGUGUUCCGCGCCAUGGCUACUGUCAUGAGACGCUAUUCUGAAGGCCUGAAAUACGGAUUGAUAGAGAGAUGCCAACCGGGGCGUUUGGCCUGUUCCUGCCAUUCCGGCCGGCAGAGAUGAAACGCAAACACGACUCUCCAAGUUAUUUUUGGGCUGGUUGGCACGG